GUCACUCUAAUUGUUUGUUUACAAAUUUCAGCGCGUAUUUCAUGACCAAUAAUUUACGCAAAUAUUGCCAAUGAAAUACACUUUAGAGGGCAGCAAUGCAAGGGUCAUUGCCAAAGCCGUACAAUCGCUGUCCAAGAUGGGCAAGGAAAUGUUCAUCGAGAUUGACCAACAGGGAUUGCAAAUGAGGGCCAUUAAUGCCACUCAAUCGGCGGUGGGCAGCAUAUCCUUCAGAAGAUCCAUGUUUGAGGUGUUUGACAUGCCCCCCAACUCGGAUUUCUACUGCAAGAUAUCCAUGAAGGGAUGCCUGGCCGUAUUUCGCAACAUGAACGAGGUGGAGUACUGUGAACUUAAUAUACUGGACAACCAAACCAACCUUCAAGUGAAUCUCCGCUGCAAACUGGAGACCACAAAAGAGGCCACCAUAUCCAUCAUUGAUGAUCAAAAUAUCAACACAAACAUCAACACCGAUAAGAUGGCAAACAUAAUCCGCGGCGAUCACAAGCUGUUCAUGGACAUCUCCAACAACUUCAACACCACGGAGGAGGAGCUAACCCUGGAGGCAAACUCUGGCAGUGUGGUGGCCAAAAACUAUAUAGAAGGCGCCCGAGUGAACGAUAAAUUCAUGCGCACACAGCUAAAGCUUAAGCCCAGUGAAUUCGAACAGUACCUGGUGACCAAGGAAACGGUCAUCACUUUUUGCAUCAAGGAAUUCCGAGCCUUUCUUCUGUUCGCCGAGUGUUUGAAUGCUUCGCUCACUUUGGAGUUCGACGAGGCGGGCAAACCGUUUCUGCUUAAGAUCAAGAAGCAUGGCGAGAUUGAGUGCUUGCUGAUCAUGUCCACGCUGUCGCCCGAUGACGUGAGCUUCUCGGAGGAAUAUUGUCAAAGAGAUUUGACACUGCAGGACGAAUAUGACCGAGCGGCUGUUUCGAAGCGGAAGAGCAGCACUCCGGGUCCAACUGUCGCCAGCAAACGCAAGAGCAGUUCUUCCGAACCUGCUGCUGUGCAGCCUAAACGAAGAGUGGAGGAAACCAGCCAGUUGGAAACCAGCUUAGAAACUCCUCUGUUCCAGUUUCGACACUCGGAGGCUCCUUCUAUCCAGCAGCCACGCAUCCUCGCCGAAGUGGACACCGUGGUUUUGAUUGAAGACGAGGCGGAAGAGGAGGCCCUCAUGCUGGCGGCUGCGGAUGCCGCUUUGGAGGCCACCAUGGCACCUGCUCCCGUACCUCCGAGCAGCACGGAGGUUUGCUUUGUCAACACUGACGAUUCGCCGGGUGCCAGGCCUCCGGAAAUACCCUCUGACGAGGAUGAAACCAUACCCCAGUCGCCUGAACGACCGAACAAGAUGCGAACCAUCUUCUCCCGGUGCUUUCAGAACACCUACGUUCCACGGGAGCCAUCGCCUAACACUCAGCUCUAUGCGCCCAAUUCUGAUACAGAGGAUUAGCCUAGAUUUGAUCGUUUAUCAGCAAAUACAGCAUAGGUCUUAAGUCAGCUA